AUGCUUUGGGUGAAUCUGAUCAUGGACACACUUGCUUCGCUUGCUUUGGCAACUGAAAUGCCCACGGAAGAACUGUUGAAGAGAAAGCCAUAUGGGCGUACAAGUCCUCUGAUUUCUCGCACGAUGAGCAAAAAUAUCCUUGGUCACGCCGCAUAUCAGCUUGUAGUGCUGUUUGUAUUAAUUUUCUAUGGAGAGAAGCUCUUUGAUAUUCCAUCUGGACGAUGGGCUCCACUUCAUGCUCCUCCUUCUAUCCAUUUUACUAUCGUAUUUAAUACGUUUGUCAUGAUGACGCUCUUCAACGAGAUAAACGCAAGAAAAAUUCACGGCGAAAGGAAUGUCUUUUCUGGCCUUUUCUCAAAUGCAAUCUACUACAUAAUCUGGAUAGCGACAUUUGUGGCGCAAAUCCUCAUCGUACAGUUUGGUGGUCGUUGGUUUAGUACCGCGUCGUUGAACAUUGAGCAGUGGUUGUGGUGUUUGGCCCUAGGGAUUGGCACAUUGCUAUGGGGACAGGUCGGUUGUUAUCAAGGUGUUAUUCCAAACAAUGUUUUUUUCUUGUACUUUCAAGAGUCUUUCUCCAGAAUUUUGUGAAU